AUGGGGGAAGACGAUGUGCCGCUGGACGAUAAAGCAAAGAGAAUGAGAGAUCUGUUAUCAAGCUUCUAUUCUCCUGAUCAUCCUAAUUCUACUUAAAUGUCGCCUAAAGCUACUUCCAGAUUCGCUACAUUGGAUACCAUCAACACCACCUCAUUCGACGCCGAUCAAUACAUGAACCUUCUUGUGCAGAAGUCCAAUUUGGAAGGUUUGCUUCAGAGGCAUGUUGAAAUGGCUGCUGAGAUUAAGAAUCUUGAUACUGACCUGCAGAUGUUGGCAUAUGAAAAUUACAACAAGUUUGUAAGUGCCACAGACACUAUUAAAAGGAUGAAUAACAAUAUUGUUGGCAUGGAAACAAAUAUGCAACAACUGCUUGAAAAGAUAAUGUCCGUUCAAUCUAGAAGUGAUGGGGUUAAUACUUCGCUUUUUGAGAAGAGAGAACACAUUGAAAAAUUGCAUCGGACCCGCAAUCUUCUACGGAAAGUUCAGUUCAUAUACGAUCUACCUGCUAGGUUAGCAAAGUGCAUCAAAUCAGAAGCCUAUGCUGAUGCAGUAAAAUACUAUACAGGAGCCAUGCCCAUUUUCAAGGCAUAUGGGGACUCUUCAUUUCAGGAGUGCAAACGAGCCUCAGAAGAAGCAGUUGCUAUCAUUAUUAAAGCCUUGCAGGGCAAGGUAUUCUCCGAUUCCGAAUCCAUACAAGCCAGGGCAGAGGCUGUUAUGCUCCUUAAGCAAUUAGAUUUUCCGGUUAAUAAUUUGAAGGUGCAACUCUUUAAAAAGUUAGAAGAGUUCCUUGUGGACCUUCAUCUAGAAUCUCAGGAAAUAAGACAUUCUUCAUCAGACCUUGGGGGGAUUCCGUUAUCGCCUUCUUCUUGUGCUCAUGAGGCUUCUAUUCGUGAAUUUGCUGAGGCUGUCCGCGCUUACCGAGUUAUUUUCCCUGAUUCCGAACAACAGCUCUUUAGACUUGCAAAAACCUUAGCUACAAAGCACUUUGAAGCCACACAACAGUACAUCAAGAAGCAGCUUGCCUCAGCAGACCUUGUUGGCAUGUUGCGGGUAACUUGGACAAAUGUGCUUCUGAUGGAUGAAGUGCUGCCAGAGGCUGGUCUACGUGAUUUUACAUUUGAGGCUGCUCAUGUUGCUAUCAAACAAUAUGUUGCUAGCAGAUUUAGUCAUCUUCUGCUCGAUUUUUCAGGCACUCUUGUAAAAGUUCAUGAUAAUCAAAAGGGUGUAAUUGAGGAAGAGUAUCCUUUGCAGGCUGCCCUUGAGAUCAGCAAAAAUGCAUUAGUUCAAGGCAGCAUGGAUGCCUUACUGGAUUUUCGUCGACUUCUUGAUGAGAACUUGGAAGUGCUAUCAGCGUUGACAGACUUUAUCAUUGACUGGGUGCAAGAAGGAUUUCAGGACUUCUUCGGGAAGCUUAAUGAUCAAUUUCUCGUGCUGUCGGGAAAGAAAUAUUCAGCUAAUCAGGACCUUAUCUUUGGGGAGGGUGAUAAAGUACUUCCUGGGCUUGUUCUUUUGCUGGCUCAGCUCUCUGUUUUCAUUGAGCAAAAUGCCAUUACCAGAAUUAGCGAGGAAAUAUCUUCUUUGUCUGGUGGUGGGUCUCGGGGCCAUGACAAUGGUCCAGCUUUUAUUCCUGCAGAAAUCUGUCUUAUCUUUCAAUCAGCUGGUGAAGAACUCUUGCAGCAUUAUAUAAGCAUGAAAACUCGGAAGAUACUGAUUCUGUUGAAGAAGAGGUUUGCAACACCCAAUUGGGUUAAGCACAAAGAGCCCAGGGAAGUUCAUAUGUUCAUUGAUCUGCUUCUCCAGGAGCUGGAUACAAUCCUUAAUGAAGUAAAGCAAAUAUUGCCUGAAGGGCUCCACCAUAAGCAUCGGCGUACAGACACCAACGGGAGUAAUACAUCUUCUCGUAGUAAUCCAUUGAGAGAUGAUAAAUUGGUACGUUCAAAUACCCAAAAGGCCAGGAGUCAGCUUUUUGAGUCCCAUUUAGCAAAAUUGUUCAAGCAGAAGAUGGAAAUUUUUACUAAAGUUGAACACACACAGGAAUCCGUCGUAACUGCUAUUAUCAAACUUUUCUUGAAGAGUUUACAAGAAUUUGUCCGACUUCAGACUUUUAACCGAAGUGGAUUUCAACAAAUUCAGCUGGACAUUCAUUUUCUUAAGACCACUCUUAAGGAUACUGCUGAAGAUGAAGCUGCUGUUGAUUUUUUGCUUGAUGAG